AUGGUUUUUAUCAAAAAGGCAGAAGAUCACAAAGGCCGGGAGGUGGAGAAAAGAGGGCCGUGUGCACUGUCGCAGGGAAAAGAGGGUCGUGUGCACUAUCGGAGGGAAAAGAGGGCCGUGUGCACUGUCGCAGGGAAAAGAGGGCCGUGUGCACUGUCGGAGGGAAAAGAGGGCCGUGUGCACUGUCGCGGGGAAAAGAGGGCCGUGUGCACUGUCGGAGGGAAAAGAGGGCCUUGUGCACUGUCGGAGGGAAUGUUAAGUGGGGAUGCCUGCUACGGAGAGCAGCUGGAGUUUCCUGAAAACACUAAAAAUAGAGCCACCUUGGGAUCCAGCAGUCCCACUGCUGAGCAUACGCCCCAAAGAAAGGAAAUCCGUAUAUCAAAGACGUAUCUGCACAUCCCUAUUCAUUGCAGCACUAUUCAUAAUGGCCAAGAUUUGGAAUCAACCUCAGUGCCCAUCAACAGACGAACGGAUAAGAAGAAUGUGGUGUGCAGGCACAGUGGAUACUAUUCAGCCAGAGAAGAAAGGAAUCGUGUCAUUUCAGCCGCAUGGAUGAGCCUGGAGGAAUUGGGGAAAUCAGCCAGGUGCAGGAAGACAAACACCCCAGGAUCUCACUCAUAUGUGGGAGCUAAAAAAGCUGACCUCGAGGCGGUGGUGAUGGACUGGUGGUUGCCAGAGUCUGAGGAGGGGCUAAGAGUUAGAGCCAGACAGGAGAAUAAGCUCUAGUGUUCCUGGCGCUCCACACAACUGUGGUCGACAACAAUUUAUUGUAUGUUUUCAGAGAGCUGGAAGAGAGGCUUUGGAAUGUUCCCAGCACAAAGAACUGACAAAGGUUUGAGGUGACAGGCACGUGAACCGCCCUGAUCUGACUAUCCCACAUCAUACACGGGCGUCGAAACACCACCCUGUAUUCCAGAAACAGGUGCAAUUAUUGUGUGCCAAUUAAAAAACAGAGAGCGAGAAGAGAGGGAGGGCGAGCUGGGCUGUGGAAGUGGAAUCCGACUCGGAGCUGAUGUGGCCGGCCUUUCCUCCUGUCUCCUUUGAUGCUGAGGCCUGACGUCACUCCCGUGCCAGUCUCAGCCUUCCUUCAGAGCCCCUGCGUGCCCUCAGGAGCUGCGUGGUGGGGUUGGCGAUGGCCACAUCCCGGGCACCUCUGGUUGCUGGAGGCCUCCCAGGACCGCUUCACACUUCUGCGCCGACCAGGCCACCAGCCAGCGUUGCCUCUGCAGACCACUCGGCCGCUAGUGGGGUGCGCACAGCCGCAGGCUUUCUGCACCCAGAGAGGUGGCAGCAGGAGAGCCGCAGAGAGCACGGGAGCUUCUCCACCUCGCCUGGCCCCUCACGUGUGGAACACGUCCCCUUCAGACUGAAGAGCGCACGUCUUGGGCUGCAGGACAGACGCCCCCAGGGCUGGGCUGUGUGGUGCAGGCCAAACGCUCCCGGCUCCCCUGAGCACUGGCCUGUGGAGGUGACCACAGAGAAAUGACCUGAUGGCCAGAAAACCCACCGUGAUAUUUACCAACUGCACUCAAUUAAAAAAAAGCAAA